AUGACCAUCUGGCCCUUCCGGCGCAGGGGCGCCCGCAAGCGCCCCCGGAGCGGCGCCGCCCUCUCGGAUGGCGACUGUCCCGCCGCUGCCCCGACCCGAACAGACGGCGCCCUGGCCAGAGCCGUUUCCAAGAAGAAGCAACGCACCGAGCACGCCAAGCUGCAGCGUCGCCCCCGUGCCUACAGCUUCUCCCCGGGCCGCCGCGACUCGAUACGCGUCGACCAGCCUCGCGUAGCCCACCGAGACGGCGACGCGACCGACGACGGAGCAGACGACUGGCAACGGAUGCCCACGUUGCAUCACAGGAACAGCCAGCACCCGGCAAGGAGGAAGAGCAGCAAGAGGAGGAGAGACGACCACGAGAGAGAGGCCGAGAUCAAGGCCAUGAGCGCCCUGACCUCGGCACGAGCCGCGGGCACACUGACGCGGUGGAGCAGCAAGCGGGCCAAGACGGCAAGCGGCGCUGGGCAAUGGGAGAAGCCCCCUUCCAAUGUGUCUCUGCCGCUUUUUGACUCCAUUCACUCGAGCCAGUCGUCCGACUCGGAUUGCGUAUCUUUCAAAGUCUCCACCCUGAGCUCUCUGGCACCGCGGCCAACGUUGCGGUGUGCGUCCGGGUCGCGAUGGACGCCGUCACGAGCUUCGGCGCCAACCCGAUCCGGCUCGCAGAAGAAGUCUCUUGUCGAACGCGACGUCAUUCCGGAGGAAGUGCUGGAUUCGCGCAAGCGGAUAGACGACCUCGCCGAUGGCCUGGACGCCACCGAUCUUAGAGAGCUCAUGGAAAGGGACAACCGAAGGCGAGAGAGGAAACGGCAGUAUGACCAGGAUCGAAUGGGGCGUCGACUUGCUCGCAAGGCCGAGAGCCAACGGAGAGAAGAGGUGGAAGCCAGGCAGUCGGGAAUGCAGUCGCCCCGGAACCUCGAGCGAGGCGUCCUGGGCCGCGAACUCGUCGGCCUGGGAAUCGAGCCGCCGUCGGCAGUCGUGACGUCGUCCAAGAAGCGAGACUCCCCCACGUCCGACCGCAUGUCGGGCAUCGAAGAGGACCAGCCGAGGGGGCCACGGGAGUUGUUCCAUCCCACAUCUCCGCACUCCCAGAACGAGUCUCUGGCGGCCGACGAGUCUGCGGCGGUACAGAGAGUAAGCCCGACGCCGCCCACAGAGGCCGACGAGCCGGUAUCCGCCCUACCGCACGGGUCCAUCCUCGCCGGCCUCCUGCGGUCCAAGAAGUCGCAGUCCAAGUCGACGUUGAGCUCGGACAAGGACAAAACGACGGUUGAUGACGAAGCCCCCCGAAACGACCCAGAGUGCAGCCACAAGAGCAGUCGCCUCUCCUUUGUCUCUUUUCUCCGACGGGGCGUCAGGAACCGGCGCAACUCGGGCCCGUCGUCAUUCUCCAACACGUCGCGCGAGGAGAUGCAGGCUGCUGCCACGGCGCAGGCGGAUGCCCUGGCAAGGCUACAGGGCGACGACGCGACUCCGCAGGCCAACUACCUGGCGAGCAAGCCCGGAGCCGGGGGCCCCAAGCGGACACGGUCCCGGUUCCGCGAAGAUCUUCCAGACUACCCCCUGUCGCCCCCAGACUCCCUCGUGCAGUCUCCCGAAGGAGAGCCACCGCUGCCUGUGGUCGACGAGGUGAAGACGCCCGCGACCGAGUCCCGGCCGACGACUGCGCCCGGCGACCCACCCACCUCGGGCUUCCAUUCCCUCGAUGCCCUCCGUCAUAUGCCGACGUCGGCGGAGAGAUUGUACAGCGCCAUAUCACCGGAUCCGCAGCUCUCCAUGUCUCUCGCGUCCAUCGACUCGGAGGGUUCCUGGCUCUCGGGACGGGUCGGCAGCCGGCGAAGAUCGGCAAUGCGCGACAGCAUAGCGCGGGCCAACCGUCGCGACCAGGGCCCGUCAGAUUCCCCCGUGAGCAGCACUCACGAGGACGUGGCUGCCGGCGACGACGACUACCUCUCUCGACUAGCGGCCAACCGGCAGUCCGGUGAGAUGACGGCUGAAGGGCAGUCUGGAGAUGGCCGCCCGAGCAGUGACGACGAGCCGAUGCAAGAAGGCGACGUGCGGUGGGGAGCCGUCGGGGCUAAGCCGCGAGUUAUACGGUUCCACAGGCACGACCGGGACACGAUGCGCAGCCGCGAGGGCUUGCUCAACAUGCAGUCCGACGUUGAGUUUGGCGGCGAUGAUCCGGUCUCGCCUGUCGAAGACAACAAGACCGAUGACCCAUAG